GAUCCAGGUCACACGAAGAAUUUGGAACUAGCUAAAUUUGGUGUUGAGUGUAUAAGCUUGAGUAUAGUCUCCCUCUUUUUGGCGGAAAUUGUCCUUAAACUCUGGAUAUUUGGCAUAGGACUGUAUCUGCACAGCUUAAUUGAGGGCAUCGAUGCGGUAGUUAUAUGUGUCAGUUUUGGCAUCGACGUCUACCUGAUGGUGACAGAGAACCACCGUCAUCCUAUUUCAAGCCUCUCAACUUCGCAUACUCUCGCGAUGACAACAACGUCCGCGCCCGAAACAACCCUAAGGAGUGGUAUUAAAUCUCUCCCCGAAGCUGCUGGUUUCCUCGUGCUAUUUCGUCUCUGGCGCGUUGUUCGUAUUGCUAAUGCCAUUCUCGUCUCUGUAUCCGCAACACAGGAGACGAAAAUUCAGGAGCUGAAAGCGGAGCGAGAUAAAGCCGCCUCAAGAGUAUCUCAACUGGAAAACUUCAUUCUUGCUCUUGGUCAAGAUGUUCCUUCCGACUCUAAUUCAUCUCCCGCCAAGAGUACGCCACUCCCUCCUUCCUCCGUUUAA